AUGGUAUUUGAUAUCAAUAUUUGCAACACCAGACUUAGUCUUGGCCUAGGCUCCACCUUUACUACCAGAAAUAAUGAUCAAAAUCAUCUUCCUCAGUUUGAUCAUCAUGAAGAGUUCAAGAAUAAAUCAUCACCCAAAAUUGAUCACUUUUCUCUGACUUUAGGCUUGCCAUCAGAGCUUGAAACCAUUAGUGUUGAUGCUGGUGCCAAAGGUGAUCAAUCUUGUAAUAUACAUGGACAGCAGGCCUCAUCAGUUAGUGCGGUUUCAUCAUUUUCCAAUUCCAGUGUCAAAAGGGAAAGGGAGGCUAGCGUUGAAGAAGUAGAGGAAGAACGAGUUUCUCCAAAGAUUUGUGAAGAUCAAGACGAAGAGGGUCCGAGGAAAAAACUUAGAUUGACAAAAGAACAGUCUCUUAUUUUAGAAGACAGUUUCAAAGAGCACAGCACUCUCAAUCCUAAACAAAAGCAAGCCUUAGCAAAUAGGUUGAAUUUACGGCCACGACAGGUAGAAGUGUGGUUCCAGAACAGAAGAGCCAGGACGAAGCUGAAACAAACGGAAGUGGACUGUGAGUUAUUAAAGAAAUGUUGUGAGACACUAAAAGAAGAGAAUAGAAGACUAAACAAAGAAUUGCAAGAGCUAAAAGCAAUGAAGCUGGCGGCGCCACCGCCGUUGUACAUGCAGAUACCGGCAGCCACUCUUAGCAUGUGCCCAUCUUGUGAGAGGAUAAGCAGUGGUGGUCAUGUUGGUGAGAAGUCUUCUAAAAUUUCUUUCUCCAUCGGAGCGAAGCCUCGCUAUUAUAGCCCCUUUGCCAAUCAUCCCUCUGCAGCUUGCUAGACAACUCAGUUAAUUAGUCACUUAGGCUCCAAUAUUAUUUGGCCAAUACUCAUAUAUUAAAUAGAUUGUAUAUCCUUUGUGCCUAUGUGAAAAUGUGUGAAAAUUGAGUUGUCUCUUUCCCUUCAACCUUACCGGAGCUUUUGUACAUAA